UGUUUCUGUGAUGGGUAAGCUUAUUUUAUUUUGUUUUCAUUUAUAUGUAUAUGAACGUGUUAAUGGUCUUCCUAACACAACGCCCUUGAUAAAGCACUUGUCCUUUCUUCUCAAAUGGACGACUAGGUCUUCCUCCAAAACACCCCUAUCAGAUGGAAAUGUACUUCAAUUUGAAAAUGGGUACCUAGUUGAAACUGUUGUGGAAGGAAAUGCACUUGGGGUCGUGCCUUUCUCGAUCCGUGUAUCAGAAGAUGGGGAACUCUUUGUUGUUGAUGCAUUAAAUAGCAACAUUGUUCGAAGUACUCCACCAUUGUCCCAAUGCAAGCUUAUGUCUUUAUUUUUUGCUGCUUUGAGGUUGCUGCUGCUUUGGGGAAUACUUGAUCUGUUGCUGUUGCUUUAGUGUUGAUUUGUUGGAUAUUUUGAAGAUGGAAAGAUAGCUGGAAUGGAGCUUAUGGACUGAAUGGUUUUGCUUACUAUUUGGUUUUGCUGGUAGUUUUUUGACAUUUUACUUUGAUAAGGCGACUGUGCAUUAUUUUUAGUUUGGUUUUAUAAGGCUGCUCUGCCUUGUUUGCUUCUUGUAAUGACUCUGUUUUUUGUAAAUAAAUAAAUAAAUAUUUUUCUAUAAGCAUCUGCUCUACCGUAUUUUUAUAUGUUUUUAUGUAUAUGUGUUAGUCUGUUUGUGAGCUGCUAGUCUGGCCUGUAUUUCAUUCUCAGUUGGAGCUGCAUUUUAGUUCAGCAAAGGAGUUGAGAACAUGAUGCAGCUGAAUGGUUGCUGAUCUGUUGUUUUGUAGCUUUCUGCUAUUCUGUGAUGAGUAAGGUUUUUCAUGAGCUGGCCUGAGAGCAUAGGAGCAGAUGCUGAUCUGUGUGUUGAAGGAGGAGCUCAUUUCACAGCUAGAAGAGUAUCAGAUCCAGUUGUGGGUUGGUUUUGCAGGCAGUCUGGUCUGAUGGACUGCUUUUGCACUUAAGGACUGGAUAGCUGAAGAUAGUUAAUGGGUUUUAAUCCUUUUGAAGGAUUAAAGCCAAC